UGAUAAAACAUUGAUUUUGAUGUGAGUGUGUGGAGUUGAGAGAGGGUGGAGUUGUUGAAGCGGGAAGGAAUGGCAAUUCCCAUCAUGAGAGCUUCCAUGGUUUAUCAUUCUCAGUCUCAACCACUGUUUCAUUCCAUGUUUGCUAUUGAUGAAACUGCUAUGAAGAGGAAGAGAGUGAUACUCUCAUCAUCUUCAUCUUCUUCAGAACUUAACCCUGUUAUUCGGUCAGAGGUAUCAUUUUCUGUUGGGACUUGCCUAAUUCCACAUCCAAAAAAGGUUGACAGAGGUGGGGAAGAUGCUUUCUUUGUGAGCAACUAUAAUGGGGGAGUUAUUGGUGUUGCUGAUGGUGUUUCUGGUUGGGCCGAAGAGGAUGUGGAUCCUUCUUUGUUCCCACGUGAACUGCUGGCUAAUGCUUCCAAUUUUGUUGAAGAUGAGGAGGUUAACUAUGACCCUCAGAUUCUUAUAAGGAAAUCACAUGCUGCUACUUCCUCAACAGGCUCAGCUACUGUCAUCAUUGCUAUGCUGGAGAAGAAUGGGGUUCUGAAGAUUGCUAGUGUUGGGGAUUGUGGAUUAAGAAUUAUCCGUGAUGGUCGUGUAGUUUUUUCCACUUCUCCCCAAGAACAUUACUUUGAUUGUCCAUUCCAACUGAGCUCUGAAAGGGUUGGCCAAACAUACCUUGAUGCAGCGGUGUGCAAUGUGGAGUUGAUAGAAGGAGACACAAUUGUCAUGGGGUCCGAUGGACUUUUCGAUAAUGUUUUUGACCAUGAAAUUCUCCAAACCAUUUCUAGAUACAAAGAUGUUGCUGAGGCUGCAAAGGAAUUAGCUAACUUGGCAAGCAGUCAUGCAACGGAUUCAAAUUUCGAUUCCCCCUAUUCAUUGGAGGCCAGGUCCAAGGGUUUUGAAGCCCCCUUAUGGAAGAAAAUUCUUGGAAUGAAGCUUACAGGUGGAAAGCUUGACGAUAUCACUGUAAUUGUCAGUCAAGUUGUAAGUUCUUGAGAUUUGCUAAUAUUAAGGAUUUGAUUCUACUGAAGAAAACAAGGUCCCGAUUGCUAAGGUCACCAGUACAGCAUUUGCCUUCAGUAUACUGUGGCUACUAAAUUUCGGUGAUGCUCUGAGAAAUAUGGAUUUAUCCAUGGAAAUACUCCUGCAUUGCCAUGAAUCCUGUUGUACUUCAUGCAUUGAUGUCUGAGAUAUUCAUUGAAAAUUAGUUUUAUCAAAUGUUAUACCUAAUAUAAGAAUUGUCUUUUGA